AUCAACUCUUUACAUUGCUUUCAAAUCCUCAUAAACGAACAUGAUUUAAUCUUCUAAUCCCUCUCUGCAAUUCCUCGUGAACAGAAAUUUAGGUUCAAGUUCAAGCGAACACACCAUUAAAGAGCGAUCGCUGCCGCACGAUCCUCCUCCCUGCCGAACCUCUGCGACGACGAUCCUCUUCCCUGCCGAACCUCUUCCCUGCCGAAUCUCCUUGAAGCCGAAGGUUGAAGUUAGGGUUGCCACUGCAAAUGGGUGUGGCGGAGGCCAACACAGCCCUUCAAGCGCCCUCCAAAGCGACGUCAGAUAGCGUCGAAGCCUUGCUUGAUGCUGUAAGAUAUAAUGACAUGGAUGAUGUUAAGAGCUUAGAGGCAAAUGGGGUUCCUCUUGAUUCCAAGGAUGAUCAGGGGAGAACAGCUCUUCAUAUGGCUGCGGCUAAUGGACAUGUGGAUAUUGUGGAGUAUCUAAUCAUUAAAGGAGUGGAUCUUAAUGCACCUAAUGAGGAAAAAAAUACACCUCUUCAUUGGGCGUGUCUCAAUGGGCAUGUUGAGGUUGUCAAGAAACUAAUAUUAGCUGGAGCUAAUGUCAGUGUUUUAAACAGGCACGAGAGGACCCCAAUGGAUGAAGCUGUGAGUAGGGGAAAGCUAGAAGUGAUGGAUGCAACCAAUGAAGCUGUGGCACUAGUUGAACUUCGUGGUGCUAUGGUUUCUGAACAAGAAACCUGAAGUUUAUGUCACUCUUGAGUAGCUUCUAAUAUGAGAAUUUGGUGAUAGUUAGUUAUACGUGUGUUCUUAUAAUGUUUACAUUGUUAGUGUGAACAAAAGUUUAAAAUUAAUUAUCAAAACCUUUUAUAUCUUGUAAUUAAAUGUUUAUUUAUAUUAAUUGCAUAAAACAAAAGAUUUAGAUGUUUUUU